UGACAUGACGUUGUGGACGUGUCAUUUGUGAAUAGCUCGUUGGUACCGUUGCGCAGGUUCAUUUCUGUUAAAGUCUGGUUGGAGUCUUAUUAUUGAACAAAAGUUGAAUGGUUUCAAUCGGAUUGAUCAGUUGAUAUUUUAGUUAGGAUAGUUAAAUCACAGUAAAUCAUAAUGGCGAUAAAAUUCCUCGAGGUUAUAAAGCCAUUUUGUAGUAUAUUACCAGAAAUAGCAAAACCAGAGAGAAAGAUUCAAUUCAGGGAAAAAGUAUUAUGGACAGCAAUAACGCUAUUUAUUUUCUUAGUAUGCUGCCAGAUCCCAUUAUUCGGUAUAAUGUCAUCGGACAGUGCAGAUCCAUUCUACUGGAUCCGUGUGAUCUUGGCGUCUAACAGAGGAACACUUAUGGAACUUGGUAUCUCGCCUAUUGUCACAUCUGGACUUAUCAUGCAACUGCUUGCUGGUGCAAAGAUUAUAGAAGUUGGAGAUACUCCGAAAGAUAGAGCAUUGUUCAAUGGAGCUCAAAAAUUGUUUGGUAUGGUAAUAACAGUGGGUCAAGCCAUUGUAUAUGUGAUGACUGGUAUGUACGGAGAGCCGAGUGAAAUCGGAGCCGGUGUGUGUCUCUUGAUUAUCAUUCAGCUAUUUGUUGCUGGAUUGAUUGUUCUACUACUUGAUGAACUACUACAAAAAGGAUAUGGCUUGGGUUCUGGUAUAUCUCUGUUCAUUGCUACAAACAUUUGUGAGACUAUUGUAUGGAAAGCCUUCUCUCCUGCUACCGUCAAUACUGGUCGCGGCACAGAAUUCGAAGGAGCAGUGAUAGCUCUGUUCCACCUCUUAGCCACAAGACCCGACAAAGUGCGAGCUCUCCGAGAAGCCUUCUACCGUCAGAACCUGCCCAACCUCAUGAACUUGCUGGCCACCGUUCUGGUCUUCGCUAUAGUUAUAUACUUCCAGGGCUUCCGAGUGGAUCUACCAAUCAAGUCCGCUCGCUACCGCGGCCAGUACUCAUCCUACCCCAUCAAACUGUUCUACACAUCAAAUAUUCCCAUUAUUUUACAGUCUGCUCUCGUUUCCAAUCUUUAUGUUAUUUCACAGAUGUUAGCUGUAAAAUUCAGCGGUAACUUCUUAGUAAAUCUCCUCGGAGUGUGGGCCGAUGUAGGAGGUGGUGGCCCAGCUCGAGCCUACCCUGUUGGAGGCCUAUGCUACUACUUCAGCCCCCCAGAGUCCCUUGCCCACAUUGCUCAAGACCCGCUCCACGCAGUACUGUAUAUUUUCUUCAUGUUGGGCUCAUGUGCCUUUUUCUCAAAGACCUGGAUUGAUGUGUCUGGAUCAUCGGCUAAGGAUGUCGCAAAACAAUUGAAAGAACAGCAAAUGGUAAUGCGUGGUCACCGUGAUAACUCAAUGAUCCAUGAACUAAACAGAUACAUCCCUACUGCAGCUGCCUUUGGAGGUCUUUGUAUCGGAGCCCUCUCAGUAUUGGCUGAUUUUCUUGGAGCCAUUGGUUCAGGGACUGGAAUAUUGCUGGCUGUCACAAUUAUAUACCAGUACUUCGAAAUAUUUGUUAAGGAACAAGCGGAAAUGGGAGGCAUGAGCACGCUCCUCUUCUAAACCUCAGUCUGAUGGCAUGCGUAGCGGCUAGAACGUUUAGGUGUAUAUUUUAAAACUAUCGAUUUUGAUUGUUCAUAUUUUUAUAUCACGGUUUUUAUUGCGACUACCUUUACCUUUUUAUUUUCCGUUUUAAUAGUUGCAUUAUUUCGUCGUUCGUUAGAACUGACCGUAAUAUAUAAAUAAGAGUGAUUAUUAGGCCUCUACGUGUGAUUGUGUAAAAUUUUUAGUCGUAUUUUUUAUUUUAUAGCGAUGUUCUAGCCGUUCCGUUUGUGCGUGCGAGUGUGUGGGUUAUGUGCUAUUUAUAUGAGAUGAACUUUAUAUAAUAAAAUAAUUAACGAGAUUUACAGAUUUUUCUUUUUCCCAUGACAGAUUGAUGUUAGAAGUUAUUGUAAAUUUAAGUGUUGUAAUAAAUUCUUACUAAUGGAAACAAUUAAAAAUUAGUACAGUAUUUUUACUAGUUAAGUAUAAUGCUAUAUAAUGUGGUAAAAAAUACUGAGUAUAAUUUAACAACUUUUUCAGAUUUUAUCGCAGUUUAUUAAGUUUUCUAAAUGCCCGACGUCUCGGAUACUUUACGGUAGCCAUGGUCACGAGAGGUCCUCCAAAAAAGUUGUUUCAUAAUAAUAGUGAAAUUCGCGUGAACAUAAGAAAACAAUACUGAAUAUAAUUAAUCACUUGUCAACCUUUCUAAACAAUCUAACCUUGUAUAGUGUUUUCUCACAGGGCUCUUAAUAUCUGUUUAUCUUCAAUUAAAACAGCCGUGUUAAAAGUCUCAUUAACUGUUAAUUUUCCGUUAGGUAUAUGUUAAAUUGUAAAUAUUUUAAAGUUUAUGAUUCAUAUCAUUAAUAGCAAUAAGCGAGCCCACUCGUAAUUAUUAUUCACUUACCUGUUGUUUUUGUGUGCGGUGUUAUUAUAUCAUAUAGUUUACCACACUACAUGUCAGGAAAUUAAAAAAAAAAAGUGAAAUAAA